CGGCGGGCGCGCGGCCAUGGCGGACGCGAUGGUGUUCCGGCGCGGCACCGGGCAGAGCGACGACUCGGACAUCUGGGACGACACGGCCCUCAUCAAGGCGUACGACAAGGCGGUGGCCUCCUUCAAGAAUGCCUUAAAGAAUGGAGAAUGCUCUGAGCCUUCGGAGAAGCAGGAGCAGCGCCUGGUGAUAAAGAGAAAAAAACAUAAAAAGAACAGAAAUAGAAACAAGAGCAAUACAGCGCCUUUGAAACAGUGGAAGGUUGGUGACAGCUGCAGUGCUGUUUGGUCUGAGGAUGGUAAUUUGUAUCUAGCAACUAUUGCCUCCAUCAACCAGAAGAGAGGUACAUGUGUUGUCACUUACACGGGAUAUGGAAAUCAGGAGGAGCAGAACCUGUCUGAUCUACUUCCUCCAGCCAGCGAUGAAACAGUAAAUGGGAUGGGGCAUUCUGGGGAGAAUGACAAUGAGACUCCAUAUUCAACAGAUGAAAGUGAAAAAUCUUCCCAGUCACCCCGAAACAAAAACAACUGCACAAAAUCAAGAUUUUCCCCGCAAAACUUGAGAUUUCCCACACCACCACCCCCAGCCCCAGGCCUAGGAAAGUCUGGAUCAAAAUUCAAGGUACCUCCAUCAUUUCUAUCUUGCUGGCCCCCUCCCUUCCCAGCAGGACCACCAUUGAUUCCUCCUCCACCACCAAUGAGGCCAGACUCUGCUGAGGACGAUGAAGCACUGGGGAGCAUGUUGAUAGCCUGGUACAUGAGUGGUUACCACACUGGUUAUUACCUGGGUUUAAAACAAAGCCGAAUGGAAGCAGCGCUGGAGAGACAAACACAUGCAAACUAACCGAAUAUCCACCAUUGUUCUGAAGGAUUCCAGGUACAAAUCUUUUCCACUGAGAGGUGUAUAUCACUUACGCAUUGGGGAUUGUGAAGAACUUUAUCAAGACAAUUAGUCGUAACAUUUUCUUAACACUGAGCUGUCCCUAUUAAGAAAUAAAUAACUUCAGUCUAGUAAUUAAAUGUGUGUUGAAAUGAACUAUUUCUUAAAGAUCUCUAGUCAAAUGUAUUUCAAAAGCACUGCAGCAACAAAAUACUUUUUACCUGAGGCGAUUUCAAGUCUUCUUACCAUGAUAGAUUUAACUCUUUUGACUCCAUGUGAUAGAUUUCAUUUAUCUCUCAACACAUCUUGCAUUUCUCAGACUUUCUGUCUGGGUGGCAGCACCAGAAUGGUUGAUUAUGGUAUCCUCUUUUUGGAGAGAGCUAUGGCAGCCAUGUGUGUUACAGUGGCCAUUGGUGGCACUGACACGGAAAACAUUGCAUUGUCACAGUAGGAGGGACAUCUUACAGGUCUGAUUAGAAUCAUAAAAUAUGACAGCUGGUUUCAGGAUGGCUAUUGUCUUGUUUCAAAUGUGUGAAUAAAGUUCUACUUCUUAAACUUUGA